AUGCGAACUUCAACGGAAAAAAGAGAAGUUCAAGCGCUUCGUCACAUCACUGAAAUUCCACAUCGUCGUGUUGCUGAAUUUUCCAGCGAAGAAAGAAAAUUAAUUGAUGAAGAAAGAAAUAAAAGUGAACAAGACACGCUGUGGCUUUCACCUGACAACAACGACUGGCUGGUUGCGAGAAAAUGUGGACAGGCGUGA